AUGGCUCGUUAUCUUACACCGGCCAAAAUUGGGCUGCUGGCCCUUGUGGAACUGUACACAGAGGAAGCAGUCCCGAGCGACGCUGUGUUGCCCGUCCUUUCAUUCAUCACUUCGCAUCUUAUGGACCACGACUCUACGGAUCCGUUGUCAUCACAAGAAGCACGAUGGACGAAAGCAGAGCGCACUGUGAGUUUAGUCAUUACCAUCAAAGACUUUGAAAAGCUUCUCGGUAGCUAUCCCUUCUUGAUGGGAAUGCCAGGCAGGAAGCUGUGGGAUCAAUUUCUGGGCAAAUUAUGGGACAUCAACUCGCUGGACGCUCUGAAUGAUUUUUUUGACAGAAUUGCAGACGUGCUGGCUAAGACAAAAGAAGAAACCCAGAGGGACGAGGAAGAAGACUCCUUGGAGGUUGAUGCGAAGAUAAGACUGUCGCGCAACUCGCCAUUUGGAGCGUUUGUUCGGAAGUCACGCCUAGAAUUUCAACGACUGCGAUUUCAUGACUGUACGGAACUGUGGAAAGCCUUUGUGCGAUACCGCCAGCCUACCGCCGCCUACCUGAGGAGGAAGAACCCCAAUUUUGGACGAUUAAGUUUCGACAACGUCCUUUUGCUGGGCGAGCAAGAGGACUGGGAUCCGGCAAGCGUGUCUGCUUUGGCGGCAGUUGCGUAUGGCGAUAUGCUCAUGGGAGAUGAGAAUGCCACUGUACCUGUGAGCACUGACGAUGUGGAAUCGUUACUCGAGUUCCAGAUUGAACAGAUGCAGAAGUAUGGAAAUCGAAUUCCCUUGGAAAUACGGCACCAGUUCCAAGAUCUUUUGCAUGACAGCUUUCUUGUCCCCAGUCUUACACACUAUUUGAGCUUUCUCGAUGCUUGGAGGUCUGGGGACUAUCCCACCGCGUUCGACUUCUUGCAUAGAUACUUUGAUUACACCAUGCAAUAUCGGGACAGACUCUUUUACCAAUAUGCCCUUAUGAAUUUGGCCGUUUUGCAGGCAGAUUUUGGAUGCUACAAGGAAGCCGUCGCGGCUAUGCUGGAAACCGUUUCCACGGCACGAGAAAACAGGGAUAUGACAUGCCUCAAUUUUGCGUUGAAUUGGCUAUUUCAUUUCGGGCGAGCACACCCAAACUUGGUACACGAAUUGGAGUCAAACAGCUUGUUGGGAGCCGGCAAGGAGAGCCUGGCUUUCUUAAGAGUGAAGGCCAAGGAAUCUGGGAUGUGGACUCUGUGGAGUUCUGUGCUUCUAAGUGAAGCCAAACUCGGCCUCAUCAACGGAGACAGCGUUGCCACGUCUCUGGAAUUCAUGGUUCGAAGUUCCCAAGUCAUUGUGGAGAGGAACAUGAAGACAAUGUUUGGGUCCCAGCUCGCGUUAUACUCUGCUUUAUGGAGUCGACUCGGCCUGAGCCAGUUGUCGACUUUGACCUCGGACAUAUUCUUACGAUGUCACGCACGACACGCAGUGUUCGACGACGAACUCAAACACACCUGCCGAAUCGCACUCACACUAUCCGACCGCGGUCGGUACGAUGAAGGUAUCCAACUCCUGGAAAGGCUUGAUGAGAACUCGUUGCGCUCAUGGAAGCCCAGCCAAUAUUGGCACAAAUACAGAGCCAUCAUAAAACUGAAGAAAGACUUGCACCAUAAUAAUCUAGAUGGUGCCGAAGAGCUGCUCGACCAACUUUUGCAGUCCGAGUCGGACGACCUGGAGCCUGACAUGGCUUUCAUCAUCGAUUCACUCCACAUCGACUGCUUAAUCCGUCGUGGUGAUUUACAAAAGGCAUUCCAAAAGGUCGAAAGCUUAAUAUGCAAGCUACGAGAUGAGAACAAGGACAUUGCUCUACGGGUCAAGCUUCUCCUACUAAAGGUCGCCUUGCUGGACAAAUGUGGUCGUCCGCAAAGAGCCUUUUCAACAGCAGUACGCGCCACAAACAUAGCAUGGCGCGCACGACUUAUGCCUUGCCUGUGGCAGGCCGUCGGUGCAUUAUCCAACAUUCUCGUAUCUCUGGGCGAGUUCGAAGCAUCUGCGCAGCUCCUCGUCGCAGUCAUACCAAGGGCGUUGGAGUGCGAGUCGUCCGCCCUGUCCGCCCAGCUCUACUCUUUCCUGGCUGACGCAAAUAUGGGCAUGGCUGGCAAGGUGCCUCCAAAGUCGAGCAAGCGUACUGAACACAUGACCAGAGCACUGUCAGCGGUACAAAAGUCGUUUGAUCACUACUCGGCAAUUCAGGAUAUCAAAAACCAAUGCGAAAUGAUGGCCAAGAAGGCAAUGAUUAUGAAACUCACGGGAGAAAUGGCACUGGCUGCGGACUAUGCAGCAGCAUAUGUGGAGUUGCGGAAAACAGCGGAAUCAUUAAGUCUCGGGCGAUGA